UUAAUCCUUCCUUGAGUGAAAUAACACUAGUCGUGCAGUAAUAUCAACGGGAGGAUGAUGGGUAUGACGUUAGGAAAGAUUUAGUAAUUCCAAUACGUCGAUGUGUAUUCAAUACCGUGUUUGCAAUUUGUAACUGUGGUAAAGUUCAUGUGGAAUUAAGUGCGUAUGUAAACGUGCAUGUGUGCUGCAAUAUUAAGCCAAUGCAAUGUUUGAUGUGAAAAUGUAUGUAGGCACAUUCGUACAUGUAUGGAUCAGGUAAGAAAAUUAAAAUAGCAUUGAAUUUUGUUGAUUAAUUUGAUAAAUAAUGCGAAAUGAGAUGUAUAUAUAAAUGGUAAAUUGUGGAAAAUUAAUUAUUGAAAGCUAUGUUUUUAAAGAUUGAUAUUGAUGAUAUUUACUCCAUUUAUGAACAUAUUGCCCUUAUCCGAAACCUCUUCGCAAUUAUUAUUGCUCACCGCUUAUGUACCAAUUAUAAAAUUUAUUUAGUGACUCUGAUGCUAAUUAAGUAGAUGACACUGACAUAAAAUACAAUAAAAUCUAUGAGUAUUGUAUUCAACAUUUGGCCCAUAUUUAUGGCAGAUCGAGAAAAUCUUCCCCUGCCUCAUAUGUAAGACCACAGUGCAGAACAGGUACAAUCCGAUGUAAGUACUUUCUCAUAGCAGCGUUGGGACACUCUUUGAUGUAUCCCAUUGACCACUAUUUUGCAAAAUGGCUUUAUAAUGUGCCUAAAUUAUCACCAAAUCACUUACAUAUUUACUUUCAGUGUUCAAUGUUCCAAUGUUCGACUUAGAUACUUCAAAAACCAGAAGGGGUUACUCUGACGAAGUGUUGUCGAAAAAUUUAGUUUUUAUUUUGUCAAUUUCGUCUGCUUUGUGCAUCUUUUUUAUCAAAUUUAUGAUUUAAUUUAUCAAAUUGGCGAGUUACUGCAACUCCCAAAAUUACCCCCCUCCCCCCCCGCCGGUAAACCUUGGUAGUGGACCUCUAGUAAAAUCUUUGAACUCGGACAAGGUCUCAUCGAGAAAUAUAUUUUAAGACCAGGUCGAUUAAGUAAAGAUGACAGAUCUAGUGCAGACAUACUAAUAAAAUGCCGGAUCCAUGAGCACUACCUAGGUCUGUAUAUCCAUAAAAACUCAAAUGCGACGUACAUCGUUAUUGUUAUUUUGUACAUUGUUAUUUUAGCUAGGUAGAAUUGGUUCUGUACACGCUCAGUAUGAGACGCAUGAAACCCAUUAGUGUCAUUGUAAUAAACUAACGAUAGCCUUAUUUUUACUGUAAAAAGAACAAUUUCAGCACUUUACACUCCUUUUGAAGAUACCGAUUGACUCAAACAACAGACACAACUUCUACGAGAUGGUACAUUCUACAAACUCUCUUGGACCACAAAAGCCAUUCUUGGCACAAGUUAGCAGAGAAAAGUGUUCAAAAUACAUAAUGAGCAGCUACUUGGAGUUAUUUCUCGGCCCAAUUAAGGUUUUAGCCUGGCUAAUUCUGCAUUUUAUAUGGAAAAUUAAAAAGUUUGAAUUUCAAACUUUAUUUCGGAAAUCAUGGGAACCUUCGAUUUACACUGAGAUAAAAACUCUGGCCCAGAUCUCCAAAGAGGACUUUCGCAAACUGCCUCAGCAUUUGGCACUCGUGUUUCAUAAUUUUGAGGAAGAACAACUUUUGAAGGUCGCCAGGAUUAUAACUUGGGCGUGGAUGAUGGACAUCCACAUUAUCUCGGUGUAUGAUGAAAAGGGAAUUAUUAAGACGAAUGCAUCACGAAUGCACAAAUUUAUCACAACCCUCCUCGAGGAAGUGCAGGCUGCCCAGAGUGCAAAGAACUUGAAGAUUAAAGAUUUACCGUCACUGAAAUUUUGCAAUUUCACAUUCAACAACAAAUUCGAGGGGAAUUAUACCUUGAAAAUUGUCCUGCUCGGAGAGGAUGAUGGGAAACAAGGGAUUGUAUCAGUUACAAAGGAUUUGUUCCAGAAAGGUCUAAAUUACAGGCCGACGAAUGGACUCUCGGAAGCGUUUAAUAAUAAAGCAUUGGAUUUUGUGACCUGGGAGACGGCAAUUAACAAAAAUGUUGGAUUGGAUUGGUGUGACACGGAGCCAGAGCUGAUGAUGGUUUUCGGAAAUGUUAAUUCGACGUUGGGUUUUCUACCGUGGCAUAUUCGACUCACGGAAAUUCACUGGCUCCCUACUUUGUACGCGUCAACUUGCGCGAGUUUUUUGGAAUCAUUGCAAAAGUUUAGUAGUUGUGAGAGGAGAGUUGGUGCAUAGUUUUGAAGGAAAAAGUGGCAUAUUCUGCAUAAUGCUGGUGUUCACACUGUUUAAUAAAAAUUGAAAUAAAAUAUGAAAUUAGUACAAUA